GUUAUUUUUCAGGGGAAGAUAAUAUGCUUCUUGUAUUUACAUAUUAAGUGAGGAAUCCUUUCAGAUCUUAGACUUGAUUUUACCCUGCUUGGAAGUUUAUAAAUUAGUCCAUUACUGUUUUCUGAACACUGGAAGAAAUCAUAAGAUGUCUUGUUCACAGGUAAAGGACUUUAUCACUCACAGAACAAGCAGCAGGAGCAUUGAGCUCUAUGCCAUCCCUUGGUUUCUCACAAUGUUUACUCAUGUAUUUCCACUGCACAAAAUUUUCCACCUCUGGGAUACCUUACUACUUGGAAAUUCCUCUUUCCCGUUCUGCAUUGGAGUAGCAAUUCUCCAGCAGCUGCGGGACCGGCUCUUGGCUAAUGGCUUUAAUGAAUGCAUUCUUCUCUUCUCUGAUUUACCAGGUAUAAGUCUAAACAAAUGGAACCACUAAAUACAAAUUAGCUAUAAAAUAAUGAGGUAUUUUUAAGCCAUUUGCAAAAAUAAUUGUUUAGACCUUCAGAAUCUCUUCAGCUUGGACCUCAUUAUCCCUCUCUGGAUUCUUUUCCUUUUUUAUGUUGGCCCAACAUUGCAGACACAAAGCUAGGUCAUACUAGUUCACUGGCUUAUUUCCAUCCCAGUAAUGCCACCAAAAGGGUAAAAGGGUGGAGAGCACUAACAUAUUUACCCCUUUGCUUAGGACACUCCUGUUUAGCUUCUGCUGAUGGAAAGU